AUAGUACCUUUGGCUAUGGCAAACUUUGACAGUGGCUCGUGCUUUGACUUUGACUUUGACGACCGACGCAGUCGCUACAAGCUACAACACGACGAACGCACAAGACCGUUGACACGACUAUACCAAAUUCACAAUUUAGCGAUCAAAUUACACUCAGUGAUGGCAGCUGAGGUAAUUGAAAACAACAACGGAAAAACGACUUCCGUGUUGUUAUUCACUGAAGUGACAAACAGCAGUGCUAUCAAGAACAAGGUAAUAGCAGAGGACAUCCCCGCAUGUGUGAUUCGCGCGGAGUUUAUCUUGGACCUGUUUCAGCUACAGUGUGCUGUGAAAAAGGCACUCGUUAACAAUAUAAACGGUGCUAUGAAAACCAGGAAAGUUACGACUGAAGUUUUAUAUCAACUUUCACCGACUAAGAAUAUCAGAGAGUCGCUUCGUACAUUCGGUGCCCGCGACGACGAAAGGACUAUAGUGGUGGUUUUGAUUAAUGAUGAAGAGAAUCGCCACCAAACACUACUUCGAGAAUCAAUUAACGGAGUCCAAGUAGGACUGGACAGACUUUCAGAAUUUUCAAAUGCUGCUGCUCUGCAGAAUAUGUUCAAGAUUGGAGAGAAAGAAAUGUCCGUUGGUGGACUACUGGAUGGAAUUAUUACGCGUAUGGCUGUCAAAGAUAUUGCGUAAUAUGUCUAUUGCAACAGAUACAGACUAUUGAGGUGUUUUGUGUAUAUUAAAAUGUGUAUUACGCAGA